GCGGCAGCGUUGGCGCAAAAAGUUGGCUCGUUCGCGACGACGACGGAGAUCAUGCUGCAGGCCACAACCCUGUCAAGCAAACCCCCAGCCCGCCUACUCUCUCUCCCACUCCCACUACUCCCCCUCUUCGCACGCGCAUUUUCGCACUUCCACCCUCUCGCACACGCACACACUUACAGGUUAUGGACAGCGUCACCGUCGCGCGCAUCCCAUGCUCCCGCUGAAAAGAUCCUCCGCUUGCUGAUCCGACGACGCAAUCCCCGAGGCCGAAGCGCGCAAUAUAUCACAUACGAGACGGGAGACACCACCACUGCACAGAGAAAAGGGAGCAUACACGCCUGCCCCGGUCGCGGCGCAGCACACUCGACACGAUGAGCUUCUCAGCACCACAGCACGCCUUCAACCCCACAUUCCCGUCGCUCCUCAACGCGACGGCGCCGCUGCGCAACGGGACAGAUGGCGGCGCGGGGCCUGGCCCUGACGAGGACGAGGACUGGUCCAGUCUGAUCGGCAUCAUCACGGCCAUCGUGGGCAACAUACUUAUUUCGUUCGCGCUCAACACACAGCGCUAUGCGCAUUUGCGGCUGGGCCGCGAGGCUGAGGAGAAGGCGCAGGCGCGGAGGGCACAAAUGAAGGGGAGGAGAAAGAGCGCGAGGGCAUACGCGGAUGAGGAGGAUGAAUCGGCGCCGCUGUUGGCGUCGGUGCGGCGCAGCAUAGACGAGGAGUCGGAGUGCGACUAUGACGAGGAGGCGGUCAACGCCGCGGCUGGCGGGCAGAGCUUCGUGGCGAAGCAGAAGAGCUACCUGCGGUCAUGGUGGUGGUGGUUGGGCAUCGUACUAAUGAUGGUGGGCGAGGCAGGCAACUUUCUGGCCUACGGCUUCGCGCCCGCGUCCAUCGUCAGCCCGCUGGGCGUCGUCGCCCUCAUCUCCAACUGCAUCAUCGCCCCCAUCUUGCUCAAGGAGCCUUUCCGCAAGCGCGACCUGCUCGGCGUGCUGGUCGCCGUUGCUGGCGCCGUCACCGUCGUCCUCGGCGCCCCCGACAAUAACCCCAAGCUUGGCCCCCACGAGCUGUGGGACCUGUUUACGCGUUGGGAGUUUGAGACGUAUGCCGGCAUCACCCUGGUUACCAUGGCCUUCCUCAUGUGGGCCAGCAAGGAGUACGGCAAGAAGAGCAUUUUCAUCGACCUGGGCCUCGUCGGCCUGUUUGGCGGCUACACGGCCUUAUCCACUAAGGGCGUGGCCUCGAUGCUGUCCUACACCCUCUUGCACGCCCUCGCCUUUCCGGUCACCUAUUUCAUGAUCAGCGUCCUCGUCGUCACGGCCAUUAUGCAGAUCAAAUACCUCAACCGCGCGCUGAUGCGCUUCGAUGCCACGCAGGUCAUUCCUACCCAGUUUGUCCUGUUUACCCUAUCCGUCAUUCUCGGCUCGGCCAUUCUCUACCGCGACUUCGAGCACACGACUGGGCGCGACACGGGCAAGUUCGUCGGCGGUUGUGCCAUGACGUUCUUGGGAGUGUGGUUCAUCACGUCGGGGCGGCCGCGCGACGACGAGGACGACAACGACGAGCGCGCACCCGAGACGGAGCACUCGAUCCACCUGGAAGCGGGCGAGCAGUACUCGGACGACGAGCCCGCGCGCACCACGAGCCGCCGGGUGUCGCCCUCCAUGGCCGCGCUGACGGCGUCGUAUCCGGCGGAGCACCACCGCCGCCCGACGUUGGUACACUUGCCCACGCCGGCCAUCACGCUGAAUUCAGACCCGCCGUCGCAGGCCGUGACGGCGACAACGACGCCCGCUGCUGCGGAGGAAGUAUCACUAUCAACAUCAUUAACGGCGAACCCGUGGGCGGCGGAGAGCCUAGCCGAGGCCGACGAGGAGGAAGAGGAAUCUAUGUCACAUCAUCCGCCGCUGCUGCACACCACAGCCUCGGCCCCGAUCCUGCCGUCCGAAGCGCAGAUUCUGGGUCUGGAUCGCGUGCAGCUCGAAGCACAGGCCGUAGCGCAGCAGCUCGCGGAGCGGCCAUACACGCCGCGGGCGCAGACGGCAGCAGCGGCGCCGUCGGGGCGGACGGACGCGGCGGUCUCACCGUCGGCAGCGGGGACGCCGCGGCCGGCCACGCCGCCGUCGACGAAGCAGCGCCACGGCUACCACCACAGCCAGCACCACAGCAUCACGCACUCGCAGCCGCCGUUCGGGCCGCACCAUCACGUGCCGCCCACGACGCCGGGCCGCGGCAGCAAGCGCGCGAGCAUCUCGUCGUCGAAGCGCGGCAGCAUCUCGCAUUCACUGCUGCCGGGGCCGCUGACCAGCCCGCUGAGCGCGAGCCUGAGCGGCGUCGUGGCCGACUCGCUGCGCCGGGGCGUCGAGAUGCGCUCGCUGGCCGGCGUGGCAGGCAGCAGCAGCAGCAUCAUCGGCAGCCCGGGGGGCGUGAUGCGCGCGGCCGAGGCAAGCGCGCCCGGCACCCCGGCCUCUGCUGUUGGCGGCGGCGGUGGUGGUGGUGGUGCCGUUGGUGUGGCUGGCGGACGACCCCGCCGCGGCACCCGUGACAGCGCGUCCGGGUUCGGGGGCUGGUUGAACAGCGGCCUGAGCGUAGGGUUUGGCGGCGCUGGCGGGGCGGGCGGCUCGGGCACCGGCAUCGCGGGUCCUCGGGACGGGCACGCGAACUCGGUGCUCGGGGGCGAGCAGCGCCGGCGCAGCGCGGCUGCUGAGGCAUUGAGGGGGGCGGCGGCGGCUGCGGCUGCGGCGUCGCAGAUGCAAGCGCAAGGCGGGGGAAAGGGCCGGCUGCGCAGCGUGAGCGGGGCGGCAGUUUUGGGGGUGGGGCCGGGCGUCAAUGUCGGAGUUGUGCAUGAGGGAAGGGGGAGGACUGUGGAUGUUAGGCGGGGGAGUGGGGAGAUCGUCGGGGGGGAGGAGGAGAGGGGCCGUGGGAGACGGAGGAGCGCGGGCAGCUUGCAUAGUUUGAGAGGGGUUAUUGAGGGGGGGAGCGGGAGUGAGGGGGAGGGGGAGGGAGAUGGGGAGGGAGAGGGUGAGGCGAAAUGAGGCGAGGCCAAAUGAGGCGAGGUGAGGUGAGGUGAGGUGAGGUGAGGUAGGAGAGGGGUUUGUUGGUCGUUGGUUGUUGGUCGUUGCGUAUAGGCGUUUUUUCUUUGGUGGUGUGGAUUGGUUUCGAGAGCGGACCUUGAGUGAGCGCGGCAUACAUAUUUAUAUAUAUGUUGUGUGAGUGGGGUGAGUGAGUGUAGCUAGACAGAGAAGCGGUUGCACGGUACAGGCAGGACAGGACACGGCACAGCGGCGCAGAGGCUAGAGUAUAGGUGUAUGUAUUUUAUUG